GUUUGUGUGUGUGUGCGUGUGUGUGUGUGUGUGUGUGUGUGUGUGGUUUUUUUGGGGGGGUUUCUUUCAGCUGAGCUGAAGAAGCCAGUCUGAUUAUUGACUGCUCACACACACUCCCGCUGCUGGCUCUGUUUAACGUUUGUUUUUUAUUAUCUGGCGCACGUUUCGUGACUCUUCCUGAUGCUCAGCUCCUGUCAGGUUGAGCGUGCGGCCGGCCCGGCGGCGGCGGCCAUGGAGCUGAAGCCGUGCGUGGAGUACCACGACCUGGAGGCGGCCGAGGCGCUCGUCAGCAUGAGCUUCUGGGGUCAAAGGACACACAAGCCCCGCCCCCUGACCCCCACCUCUGACUCCUGCGACUCCAUCCAUCUCCACCCGGAGGGGGGGGAACUGAUCGCUCUGUCAUCCCUGUGUAUGACUCCACCUCACAGUCCAAGCUUCACCGAAGCCCCCGCCACGUCCUCGUCCUCCUCCAUAAGCCCGGCGGCGUCCCGGCCCGUCUUACCGGGCCCUGCCCCCCUCCUCCUCGGUGACUCCCACACCUGCCUGCCUCCACCCUCCUCUUCCUCAGCGACGUCAACACCUCCACCCAAGACAGAGUCGUCGUGCGUGGCUCCCCCCGGCAGAGCGAUGGUCACCAGCGUUAUCCGCCACACUGCCGACAGCCUCAGCAUUCCUCCGCCGCCGCCACCCUCCGCCACGCAGCCGACAGAAACCUCCAAGCCGGGGACUCUUCCGGGGGAGAAGGACGGUGCUCCUGCGUCUCCAGACAGCUCGUCCUCUCCUCCCUCCUCAGCGUCUCCGCCUCACUCCUCGGCGCUGUCUUCCUCGUCCUCGUCCUCGCCGGUCCUCUGCCAGGUGUUCCCGGUGAGCAGCCGGACGGGGAUGAUCUCUGCCUUCCUCCAGGCGCCGGUUCAGAUGCAGACUCACGCCCAGCCUCUGCUGGUGGGCUCGGCCAUGCCGCAGGGCACCGUGAUGUUCGUGGUCCCGCAGGCAUCCGUGUCUCAGACGCCGCCCGGCCAACAAACCGUCGUAACCCUGGGCAACACCAAGCUUCUCCCCCUGGCCCCGGCUCCCGUCUUCAUGCCGAUGUCGGCGGCCGGCGGUUGCGGCACCUCGCAGGCUGACUUCUCCCGCAGACGGAACUACGUCUGCAACUUCCCUGGCUGCAAGAAGACGUACUUCAAGAGCUCGCACCUGAAGGCUCAUCUGCGCACGCACACAGGCGAGAAGCCGUUCAGCUGUCACUGGGACGGCUGCGACAAAAAGUUUGCCCGCUCUGACGAGCUUUCCCGCCACCGCCGGACACACACCGGCGAGAAGAAGUUCGUCUGCACCGUGUGCGACCGGCGCUUCAUGCGCAGUGACCACCUGACCAAACACGCCCGGCGGCACAAGACCAACAAGAGGUCAGCGGUGUCGUGGCCCGCCGAGACCCGGGACGCCAAUAAAGUAACGCCGCCCACGGGCCAAAACAGAGGCACCGCACUUCCUGUCGGCAUGCUGGUCUCCACCGCUAACUGACACUCAUCUGGAGCCCUGCAGGGGCCAACUCGGGGGGGCAAAUAACACACACACACACACACACACACACACUCAUAGACACACAGAAACUCACACACACAGACAUACUAUAGCACACACACACACACACACACACACACACACACACACACCACACAGGGACAGGUCAAACUGUGGCCCGUUGUUUUUAAUCAGCUCCACAUCUGGAGAAUCUCUUCUACCAAUCAGACUCUGCUGGUGACCAUGGCUACGACAGUCGCUGAGCUCCGACUGCGUUUACACCAACCAGAAGCAUCGUACAACACAACAAACUUAUUUUAAUUACAGUUAUUAGCGACCUCUGUCUGUGAAACGGUCAUCACACUCCAGAAAACUAAACUGUUGAGGCGUUAAAAGGGAGAUGCCCCAACUCAGUGUAACUUCCUGUCUCAGAGUAACUUCCUUUCUUAGAGUAACUUCCUGUCUCCGAGUAACUUCCUGUCUCAGAGUAGCUUCCUGUCUCAGAGUAACUUCCUGUCUCAGAGUAACUUCCUGUCUUAGAGUAACUUCCUGUCUCAGAGUAACUUCCUGUCUCAGAGUAACUUCCUGUCUUAGAGUAACUUCCUGUCUCCGAGUAGCUUCCUGUCUCCGAGUAGCUUCCUGUCUCAGAGUAACUUCCUGUCUUAGAGUAACUUCCUGUCUCAGAGUAGCUUCCUGUCUCAGAGUAACUUCCUUUCUGUGUGUCCCGCGGGUUUGUCCACGUCCACGCCUCUUUAGGAGACUAGCAGCAGGUCCUGAGUGUGUUAAUUCCAGCGGGGAAAGUGACCAGCUAACAUUCGCUAACACCUAAAGUUCCUAAUGAUAAAUAUGGCUUUUAGCUGUGUAAGUAUCUAAUGUUAGAAAUAUACAAAUAUAACUUUUCAUCCACCCACAGGACGUCCGCUACACGACACUUUCAAACGAGGCCACGCCCUUUUCAGGAGACAGGAAGCGAGAACCGUUUCGUACCCGUUGGCAUCUGUAGUUAUAGGCGAUCGUUGGUUUUAGCAGUUCAGCUUUUAAUGGCAAAAUUUGUCGCAGGAGUUGACACUUUUUAAAGGUUUAUAAUUAGAGUAACAAGCGUUAUGUUACUUCAUUUUUAAGUGUGCGUAUUUAUGUAGUCAGCCUAUCACCAGACCAGGCUCAGUCUUUUAAGAUUAAGUGUUGGUCUGGGAAGUCUGCUCUGGAUUUUCUCUGCACAGGAGACGGGACCAACGAGUAUAGUUCAAAUGACUCUGUGAGGCAGCUUCUUUAUCGUCAUCGUGGUAAUCCCGCCAGUAGCGCGCCAGGUGGAUAAGCCAAUUUGUGAUUGGUCCCUGCAGGAUAGAGAAAUAAUAAUUAACUUUAAUAAGUUAAAGAAAUGGACCAACAUAUCCUGUUGUUCUGGACGAAGACCAGUGAAGUCUAGAAGCUCUUUUCCAGUGAUGGCUAGGCGUUACUGCGCAGCCUCCAACUGAGCUUGACGACGCAGAUGUGACGUAGGCAACGUGUCUAAAAGUGUUAAGUCUUCUGGUAGCUGUGCAAGAGAAAUCUCAAUCAUUCCCAAUCUUGCAGAGACAGAGAGUGUAGGUAUAUGUUAGGAGAUAACAUAGGCACAGGCUAAUUACUGCUAACUAACAUGCUAGUUAACAUUAACAUAGGCACAAGCUAUUUAUUACUAACUAACAUGCUUGUUAACGUCAGUAAUUAAACCUAAACAGCUAAUAAGUCUGCAAGCUUCUCCUGACAAUACGGUGAUUUGUCGACUAUGCAACGGUAAGUUGCGUGGUUAUGACACAAUCGUUAGCCUAUUUUUUUUUUAAACGUCUGCUAACGAGCCAUAACGUGAGGUACAAGGUAACGGAGCCUUUCAUACAUUGUUGAGUUUCUUUAGACAUAAACAACGGAUAAAUAGUCUUGAAACGCUUCAGAUGUAAAGUUAUUCGCUCUCAAAGUGGCGCCAAAAUGAAUGGCAGUCAAUGGGAUGCUAACGGCGGGUGACGGCUUCGUAGUAAUAAAAUGGCGUCAUUUAUGCCCAACUUUAAGUUUACAUAACAGUAUUUUUUUUGCGUUUUUAAACUAAAAUAAAUCAGAAUCAAGUGUGCACAAUCCACAGUAUUCCAAAUGAUGAUGAUUAAGGUAUUUAUACAACCGCUUCAAAUAAGCAAAGGAUCGUCUUGAUCUAAUUAAAAUCCAGAUGUUUUGAGUGGAUGCCAUGUAAACGUAGCCGGAGCAGCCAGCAAAAAGGACGGGACGAGUUUCCCGUCCUGCUCAGGACAUUAUAUUUCCAACAACCACACAAACUCACCGGAAGAAGAACAAGAAGAAGUAAAAGGAGGACGAAGGCGACAGGCUGCUAUUCAAACACGGACAGAAAACUAACAAAAACCUGACAUUGCACUGGAUUUAUUUGUAAUCUUGCUUGUUUUUGUAAUCUUUCUCUCCGUCUAUGAUCAUGUUUACUUCCUGUGUAAAUGUCACGUUUAGCUAAAUGUACGCUCUUUUUUUAUUAUUAUUAUUUUUGCCAAAGCCUCUAUCAUGCUUCUAUUAUUAGCCUAGUUCUGUGACUGUAAAUAUUGUAAAUAUCUUAAUAUCUAUUUGAAUGUUAUGUGUAUUCCAAUCUGCAUUUAUUGACCAUUUGAGUUGAAAAUUUAAAAAUGUCAGUGUGAAUCUACUAUCAUUGCUUUACACAUUAUUAUUAUUAUUAUAUUAUUAUUAUUUAAGAAACAUUUGAGGAGAAAGUGCUGUUUUUUUUUUUUAAAUAGCUUGAUUUGGCCCACAGUGUAGCCAGUGAGAAAAUACCUCGUUAUUAAAUGUUAUUCUUAAUAAUAUUGGCUUAUAUCGGAAUAAUGCCAAUUCUGAACAUUUGCCUGUAAGCAAUGGUGAAGAAUAUGUUUUUUUAUAAUAACAAUUUACCAUGAAAACA